CCGGCGCUGAGGGGCGGGAGCGGGGGCUCGGUAAUGGCACACGGCGAAUCCGAUUAUUUAGUUAUUUCCUUUGUCUUGAAGGGAGAAGUGGAGUUGUUUAGAGUGUUCAGUGAGAAUUAAACCAGAUUAAGACACUUCAGCAGAUGAACACACAUUAGUGCUGAUGAUGCACGAUUCCAGCCUCUUUCACAGCUUCCUGACACUGUAUGUUUGCUAAAGGAGCUCCUUGGGGACACAGAGCACUGUUUAAAGUCAGUAGGUGUCUUUAUGCUACAUUAUCUGCCCAGUCACCAAGUACAGCCACUUUGAACCGUUUUUAGGGAUAGGGAGAAUCUUUCUCAGGAAGACUUGGGAUGGCACAACCUCGUAUCUCAGCCUACCUCCCCCCUGAUAUAGACCCCACCAAAGCUGCUGUGGCCUUUGGGAGGAGGGCCCUUCCCAAACUGAACGAGGAGCUGCAGUCUCCCGAGCUGCUGACACAGCAGCGGGCGCUGAUGGCUCUCUGUGAUCUGGUCCACGAUCCAGAAAAAGUCUACCAGGCAAUAGCAUUAGGAUUUUUGGACAGCCUGAAGACUCUGCUGGUGCAUCAAGACCAAACUGUCAGGCAAAAAACAACAGAAGUUCUCUCUGUAAUGGCUUUGCAUAGUAUUGGCAGGGAAGGGCUGAUACGAAGUGGAGUCAUUUCUGCCCUCACUGGGCUCCUGGAUGAUCCAGUAGAUAUCUGUCGGAAGAACACCCAUCAGAUUUUUGACAUGCUGGCAAGAUUACCUGAAGGGGCUGGUGGUGUCCUGCAGGCUGGUUUGGUCCCCCCACUGGUGCUGAAGUUGAAGACAGAGCUGGAUGAGAUCCAGGAGCUCAUCCUUGGUACACUCUCCAACUGCCUCCGUGUGGAGGUUUCUGAAGCCCUGGCAGCUGGUGCUGUUUCUGUGCUGAAGGAAAAGCUCUCACACCCCUCCACAGCCAUCAGGAGCAAAGCAGCCUGGGUCCUCUUAGAAAUCAGCUCCCAUGCUGAGGGGAAAAUCGCCGUGUGCAAGGAAGAGGUGAUUCCUGUGCUGCUGAGCCUGCUGGAGGACACUCAGCCCGAAGUUCAAGUUAGCUCAACCGGAGCGCUGAUGUUUGCUCUUGUUGCACCUCAGGGGAGAUCCACGGCCAUGGGUGCUGAAGCCAUUCCACCUUUACUGUCGCUGGUUGCUGAGGAAACCAGCACAGCGCGUUUGAACGCGAUCAAAGCCCUGACGCUGCUGGCUGAGCUGCCGGGGGGCCGCCGGACCCUGCUGGCUCACCGGGACUCGAUCCUGCGGUGCCUGGAGGAUCCCAGCGAGGCCGUGCAAAGGGCUGCCGAAAUCGCCAUCACCGUGAUCGACUGGAAGCCCUUCUGCAGCCGCGAUCUUUUCUAGCGAUCUGUUGCCCUCUGUUGUUGUCUGGCUGUAAAAGGUACAUGACUACACGAGACCUUCAACACCAGAGCUCUCUUCCUCACUUACUCUGGAUUAGUUUCUCCUGAAAAGUUAUUUGACAACAGUUUCACGUCUGUAUUGCAGGUCACAAGCAGAAAAAUGGAGAAGAAAAGUUAAGAAGUGUGGAGUUCUCCAAGGGCCAAGACUUUCCUAUGAUACAACACAAGCAACCCUUUCUGUUUUCUUCAUAAUGUUCUCUCCUUUUUUUUAAACCUCAGUCUAUCAAACACUAAUCAAUAAUUAAUUAUAUUAGAAAGGCUCACAAUUAACCCCUCCAGCAAUUUGUCCAUGCUGACAAAUUGAUCUAACAACAGGAAUUCACAUGGAUUUUGCUGCAAACAUUUGUUGAACGUGGGAUUAACACCAAAGUCAGAAAGCCUUUACCAGGGUAGCUCGUGGUAAAGCUGUGUUGGGGCCUCUCCAGCAGGAGAGGGCUCUGGUCCCCAGCUGAAAUUACGUGUAAUAAGGAACAAAAUCACCUCAGCACCUUCAGCUGAAGGGCAGUGGAAGUGGUGGGAAGUUUCAGUAGCAUUUUAUUCACAGGGAGUUCAAGGCUGGUCACUACUGACACAUUGCAAAUUUCUGUCUGCAGUUACAAGAGUGUAAUUUAAGAGGCUUCAACAGGAGGCCUGGGCAAAGAAAUAACACAAAUGAGCAGGACAGCCCUGGCCAUUCUCAGCCACCAAGGAAGAUGUGACAGGCUGGCUGGCACAGCUUCACAGCAAGUCCCAUUUGUUUUCACUUGGGUUUUGUUCUCACAUGGGAGUUUUAUAUCCAGAAUUGUAGCUACAAAGAAGCUGCAUCAGGUCUAUAAAAGGGGUUAUUUGUCAGGGCUGCUUUUCCAUUCAAACCCACAGUCACCCUGCAAACUGCAUUACCCUUAACACAGAAACUCUUCCUGUAGGAGUGAUUACAGUUAAAAUGUUUCUCUUCCAUAAUGUAACCAAAGGGUGAAUUUCCUCUCUUAUAAAGAUGCGAUUUUAAAGUA